UGCGUGGGCGUGGGCCGCAGCGAGCGCGAGCCACCCAUGUGCAUGCAUGUGCAUUGUCUCCUCUCGAUCGAUCUCUCCUCCUAGCCAAUACUCCUCUCCUAGUCCUCCUAGUCCUAGCUAACCUUCUUCUUCUUCUUCCUCUCUUUCCCUAUAGCUAAGCCAAUAUAAUGGAGACAUGGGCUCCCCUCUCCUCUCGUGAUGAUAGUUAGAUAGCUCUAUCUCUCUAUUUCUCUCUCUUUCCCUUUCUCUCCAACUCACAUUCCAGAGAUCUUAUCCAAUGAACCUAGCUACAUACAUGUACGAAAAGAUCAUCAUCAUGAUCAACGAGUAGAUAGUACGUGCACGCAUAAUUGAUGCGUAUGCAUGCCAAUGCCUACUUAUAUGUCCAUGUUGCUCCUUCGAUUCUGAUACACUCCCUCCCAUCCAUUUCCAUUUCUCUCGUUGUAGGAUUAAUUCUUGCUCCAUUUCAACUUUGCUGCAACACGUACACCUACCAUAGCUAGCAGCUGUUUGAGCUUGCUUGGUCACCACCAUGCCUUCAGCUAGAGUGCAAGCUGGCGGCGGCGGCAACGGCGGCGCCGGCGGCGGCGGCUCGGGGAGGUUCAAGCGGGCGCUGCUCCGGAACCUCAUCCUAGGGCUCAGGAAGGGCGGCGUGGCGUCCGGGGAGAUGGGUUUCCACGAGAGGAAGAGCGCCAUCAAGCGCGCCGCCGACGCCGCGCUCGCCGCCGCCAGGGGCGCCGCGCCGUGCUGGAGCCGGUCGCUGGCGGCGGAGCUCGCGCAGGCGCCGCAGCAGCACCGUUCGCCGCCGUCGCCGUCGCCGAGGAAGAUGAUCUGCAGGAAGAUCGUGAGGAGGAGCCUGAUCCGCCGGCGGCGGCGGCCGAUCAGGCCGGCGAACAACACCACGGCGGCCACCACAAAGGCGUACGGCGGCGGCGGCGGCGGCGGCGGUGGCGUCGCGAGGGCCAUGGUGAGGAAGAGGGCGAGCGUGCUGAAAGAGAUCGUGCCGGGAGGGAAAGCUCUCGACAUGUGCGCGUUGCUGGGGGAAACCCUAGACUAUGCCGUGUCUCUGAAAGCUCAGGUCGAUGUAAUGCAGCUUCUUGUGAGGACUCUCCAAGAACAAAAACUCAAAAACUCAGGUAACUAGCUAGCUAGUAACUGCUGUUUCAUGUAACAGUAGUAGUACUGAAGAAGAAGAUGCAGUGAGGAAGACAUGAUCAAUAAUCAAUUGAUGUAAGAAUCAUAUGUAGUUGUUGUUAACUUCCCCUCCUCUUCUUUUCUCUAUCUACUAUAUAUAUAUCACUUCUUCUUUAUUAAUUAGCACUGAGAGUUUCAGAUCAUGCAUGAGUGAUGCCCGAGUUGAGGGUAAUGUGCAUAUGUAAGUAUAGUGUCAUGUAACAUAUUUGUCAGGUGAUUCGAUCUUUUUCUUUUCUACAAAUUGCAUGCAAACCUUGUAUACAUGUCUACGUACGUAACAGCUAUGUAUAAAGGAUGUCGUAACGUAUGUGCAAUUAAUGAAGCAGUUCUUUUGGUACAA